GCGGACGGAUGCUUCGGCCGCAUCGACAACCGAGACCCGACCACGCUGGUGAACCUGGGUCAUACGGAGCUCGACAUCAGGAUGAACUGGACGAAGUCCACUUCCUCAAAUCUUAUGUUGUACAAUCGGGUGGAUGAUAAGAAGAAAGAGAUCUACGUGCCGACCGUCUUCCAGGGCGGUUUCACUCGCACCGACUUCGCGCUGAUGAGCUUCGACAUCUCCCAUCCGGAGGUGGCUGCAAAGGCGCCUCGCGAGUACGACAAGAUCCGCGACGGCGCCGAGAACGAUGUGCGCGACAUCGUGCUGCCCCUCAGUCUGGGGAUCGUGCCGUCGCUCAUCCCCUGGCCAGGCAUAGACGACGAGCACCACAGCGCCAACGUCGCCGAGUCCAGCGGCCGACGCCGAUCCGACGUCGUGCCGGGACCCCGGGGCCGCCGGCUGCCUCCCGAGGGCGGGCCCGAGCGCACCCCGAAUGCCCAGCUGUGCAGGCACGCCCCCGACAGGAUCUCUGACAGCCAGGUCGUUGCCCAACAGUACGCCGACGAAGGGACGGGCACCAACUACCCUGACAGCGCCGAGGGCGGGUAG